UCUGUGGCCAAGUCCUAGGUGCAAUUUAAAAAGUUCUGGAAGAUAUAGAUUUUUAUGAAUGCGCUGAAUCUCGGUCUUCUCAAAACAAUGUCAUCAGAUGUCGCAGAAAAGAUUAAAGAGAAACGAAAUAGAGUGUUGUUGGGACCUCUGCCCGAUGAUUUCCUACAGUUGCACGUGUCGCCUCAGGAACAACAGGAAGCGGCGGAUAGACAGGCCGCAUUAGCUCUGCAGCAGCAGUACACUUCGGGGUCUAGUCAAGUUCAAAAUCCAGCUGGACGCUUGAGUAUAACCAUCGUCCAAGCCAAGCUUACGAAAAACUAUGGCAUGACUCGAAUGGAUCCUUAUUGCCGUUUAAGGGUAGGACAUGUGAUUUAUGAAACUCCUACCGAUCCCAAUGGAGGCAAAAACCCUCGUUGGAACAAAGUGAUACAUUGUUUGGUACCGCAGGGCAUAAACAGCAUAAAUUUGGAAAUAUUUGAUGAGAAAUCGUUUACAAAUGAUGAAUUAAUUGCCUGGGCACAGAUCCCUAUCCCUCAAGAAGUGUUGGGCGGUCAAACUCAUGAAGAUUGGUACCCGCUUACAGGAAAGCAAGGCGAAGGACAAGAGGGAAUGGUUAAUCUCGUCCUUAGUUAUACUGCAACUGCUUCUUACGUCUAUGCACCUUCAUACCCAGUUAUGAUGGUGCCUAGACUAGACGGUUCCACUGUCAAACCAUUGAGGGUUUACAGUGCACCCCCAGGAGCAGGGGAUCCAGUUCAAGAACCUGUUCCAGUGUUUAAUGAAGCAGACUUAAAACAGAUUGAGGAAAUGUUUCCGAAUAUUGAGAAAGAUGUGAUAAAAACCGUCUAUGAAGCAAAUAGAGGAAACAAAGACACCACGAUAAAUUCCCUUCUGCAGAUGACUGAAUAAAUUAUUCUAUUACUUAUUUUAAUUAUAUAUAAUAUGUUGUUUUUAAAUAUUUAACCUCUUCACAACGCCAAAGGCUUGGGAAAAAAUAUCAAAAUUUGCGCCAUGUAGAAUAACCGAUUUAAUUUUUUUGUGCUUGUGUUAUGAGACAUCUUAAACUUUAAUUUUUGUUAUGUAGUUAGAUUUGCAAUCUAAUACUGUUAAUUUAGUUUUUAAACUAUACGGACUCUUUUUAGUAAAAAUCUUGCAUAUUU